AUGGUGAUCACCAGGGACUCCAUUGUUCUCGUCCAGCAAAAGCUGAAACGAGGAGUCAGACAACUUGUUACCAAUACCAAUUUCCAGAACCUUACUUUAGCCGCAAUAUUCUACUUUGCGUCGCUCGCUAUUGGCCCCGUUUACGAUGCUCUUUUUAUACAUUUGAUUCCCCUGGUAUUCCACAUCAUCAGUUAUUUCCAACGUCACCUUAUUGAUUUCAUUGACACCUUGCCUCAACAGCAACAGCUUGAGUCUCGGGUGGCGGCGUGGCUUGAAGAGAAUCAACCUAAACGUCAAAACAUGGCGGCGACGGCUCUGCUCUCCUUAGUGUUGAUGCUGUUAUAUCCAAUUGUGGUGAAGCCGACCGCGUUUGCGAAUUUGGUUGCAGGUCGUUGGCAAGUGGCGUUAACCUAUUUAAUAUGUUUUGCGGCUCUGAUGAUCUUUGCUAAAUUAAGUUGGAACGAGAACCCGUGUACGAAACAAGAGGUGUCGAAGUUUGACGCUGAAUUCGGUCUGAUUUUACAAAGAUUCCCUCCUUUGGCUUACUUAUACCAUAAAGUUAGGAAUAUCGUGGUGAAGGUAUUGGCUCCAAUCACGAUAAAUGUCCCUCAGCAGUCACCGGGAGAACAAGCCCAAGACUCGUUGAAGGACGCCUCCCCCCGCGAUACCACCCUGGACACCUCCCAUUAA